AUGGUGUUCGCUGGAGGAAAUGGCGACGCAUUCAGGUUGGCGGUGCAGGUGGCUCGGAGCCGAUGGUUCAUGUUCUUUGCGUCGUUCCUGAUCAUGGCGGCCUCCGGCGCCACCUACAUAUUCGGCAUCUACUCCAGUGACCUCAAGACGUCCUUGGGAUACGACCAAUCGACCCUCAACACCCUGUCCUUCUUCAAGGACCUCGGAGCCAACGUCGGCAUCUUGUCCGGCCUCAUCAACGGGGUCGCCCCUCCCUGGGUCGUCCUCUCCAUCGGCGCCGGCAUGAACCUCUUCAGCUACCUCAUGAUCUACCUCGCCAUCACAGGCCGAAUCGCCCGCCCCGCCGUCUGGCAGAUGUACCUGUACAUAUGUAUCGGGGCCAAUUCGCAGUCCUUCGUCAACACCAGCUCGCUCGUCACCAGCGUCAAGAACUUCCCGGAGAGCCGCGGGGUCGUGCUCGGCCUCCUCAAGGGCUUCGUCGGCCUCAGCGGCGCCAUCUUCAACCAGCUCUACUUCGCCAUCUACGGCGACGACUCCAAGUCCCUCGUCCUCCACAUGGCGUGGCUCCCCGCCGCCAUCUCCAUCGUCUUCGUCCACACCAUCCGGAUCAUGGAGGCGGCAAGCGUGCCCUACAAAACCUCCAAGCCCUUCUAUUGCUUCCUUUACAUCUCCAUCGCCCUCGCCACCCUCCUCAUGGUCCUCAUCGUUGUCGAACGGCUAGUCUCCUUCUCUCGCUCCGAGUACGUCAUCGCCGCUGCCAUCGUCCUCCUCCUCCUCUUCCUCCCUCUCGCAGUUGUCAUCAAAGAAGAGCUCAAGAUCUUAAGGCAAAAGAAGCAAGCCCUCGAAAACCCUCCGCCUCUCUCUUUAACCGUCGAACAGCCGGCGAUUACUGAAUUGCAGCCGCCGGAUCCGAAACAAGUCCCAGCCACCACCCCGCCCAUCAUUCCGACGACGCUUACCACUGCCACUACGUCUCCUAAGAAGAAGUCAGCCCUAUCUCGUCUCAUCGACACCCUCAAGCCUCCGGAGCGCGGCGAGGACUACUCCAUCCUCCAAGCGCUCGUCAGCAUCGACAUGGUAGUCCUCUUCCUGGCCACCAUUUGCGGAGUCGGCGGCACCUUGACGGCAAUCGACAACAUGGGCCAGAUUGGGCAGUCGUUGGGCUACUCAAAACGGAACAUCAGCACCUUCGUCUCUCUCAUAAGCAUAUGGAAUUAUGCCGGCAGGGUCACCGCCGGGUUCGUCCCCGAGAUCGUUCUUGCCAAGUAUAAAUUUCCCCGGCCUCUCGCGCUCACUCUCGUCCUCCUCCUCUCCUGCGGUGGCCACCUCCUCAUCGCCUUCGGCGUGUCACAAUCUCUUUACGUCGCAUCGGUGAUCGUCGGCUUCUGCUUCGGAGCUCAGUGGACAUUACUCUUCGCUAUAAUCUCUGAGAUCUUCGGUCUCAAGUACUACUCCACUCUGUACAACUUUGGCGGCGUGGCGAGCCCAAUCGGAUCGUAUAUACUGAACGUGAGGAUCGCCGGGCAUUUGUACGACAGGGAGACGGCCAAGCAGAGCAAUGGACUACUGAGGGCUAAUGGCAAGGACUUGACUUGCAUAGGAGUCGAGUGUUACAAACUUUCUUUCAUUAUUAUCACGGCAGCGACCGUGCUCGGAGCUCUUGUUUCACUGAUAUUGGUAUGGAGGACGAGAAAUUUCUACAAAGGCGAUAUAUAUGCGAGAUAUCGGGCGGCGGCAGCCGAGGCGGAGAAUGGGGCGGCCAUGGGGACUGUUAGUGUCGCAGGGACAGUGGGGGAGGAGGACAAGCCUAUUUCCUCUGAGGUGGCGGCGGCAAAUAGGGACGACAACGCUGUAGGUCGAGGAAACGGAGUUGCCUAG